AUGAGGUAUGACUACAACGACACGAGCCUUUCCCUGCUGGCGGGCUUCGACACCGAUGCUUUCAACCGAUGGGAGGCGACCCAGCGCCUGGGCACCAAGGCGGUGCUGGAUGCCCUGGCAGCUGAAGACCUGGAGUCCUUCAGGCCAGAUGCCACCUUCAUGGACGCCAUGCGGAACACGCUGGCAGACCGAGCAACCGAGGACCUGUCUCUGCUGGCGUAUUCCCUGAUCCUGCCGGCAGAGUCCACGCUGAUGCAGAUCGCCACGCCGCCGAUCGACCCGACGAAGCUGCACAACGCUCGGAACCACGUCCGAAACGUCAUCGCCAAAGAGCUGGACGCAGAGAUCCGGGAGCGCUACGCCGAAGUCACGCCCAAGGACGACGAGCCCUAUGUUGUGGACGGCCCAAGCGCCAGCAAGAGGCGGCUCCGCAAUGUGCUGCUAGGGUAUCUCUCCACUUCAGGCGACGCUGCUGCCGCAGAGCUUUGCGGGAAGCACUUCACCACCGCCAAGGGGAUGACGGACAAGUUGGCAGCCUUCUCCUGCCUCACUGGCGUGCCGGACAGCCCUGAGGCCAAGGCAGCCGUCGAGAAGUUCCUGGCCGACGCCAAGGGCGACGCCAAUGUCAUCGACAAGUGGUUCGCCUCGCAGGCCCGGGCCGAUGUGGACGACCUCUUGCCGCGCGUGCGCAAGCUGAUGGAGCACCCGGAGUUCUCUUUGAAGAACCCAAAUCGGCUCCGCUCCCUCGUCAGCGUCUUCCUGACCACGCCGCAGUUUCAUGCACCGGAUGGCUCGGGCUACGACUUUGCAUUGGAGAUGAUCCCCAAGGUCGAUGCCCUGAACCCGCAGGUCAGCGCGCGAAUGGCCAACAUGGCCUUCAGGAUUUGGCGACGGCUCGAUGAGAAGCGUCAGGAGAUGAUCCUGGAACGGCUAGGGAAGCUGAUGGAGGCGGGGCUCUCAAAGGAUGCCGCCGAGAUUGUGUCCAAGAUGCGAGCGUGA